AUGAUUGAAUCUCAAUCACAAAAUGUUCGUCCAAUAUUAUCAAUCACACCUCGUAAAAAGUCAGUUCGGUUUAAUGCUACAUCUCCAAGAUUAACUCCUCAUCUAUCGACAAACACACAUGUUCGGCCUCAACAGGUAUCUGCUAAAAAUGAAAAUAAUAAACAGAAACAAGAUAAACAAGACAAAGAUAGAGAUCAUCUAAUAGUUCCGGCAACACACACUUCUUAUUCACUGCCGUUACGUAAUAAUACAACAAAUAUUGAUCAUAUCACAAACGAUAAACAUUUUCAAAAUCUAUUAUCGGAUAAACAACAUGAAUAUGUGCCGACGACACGUGGAUUACAGAUUAAAGGAGAAAAAAAAAUAGUCAUAACUACUGCUACAACAAAUGGAGGUGUUCAAUCGAAAAAAGUUAUUUUAGAAGAUUUUAAUAAAUUUAUGAAAACAAAAGCAGAGGAUUUACGAAGAAAUAUGGUUACAGUCACGGGUACAUUUAACGAAGCUAGUAAACAAUUAAAUUCAAUUAAAGAAGGUAAAGAACGAUGA